AUGGAGAUUACGCUCCAUCCAGAGGUGAGAAAUGGUAGCAUAGAAAGCAAGCUUUCCAGCAGUGUCACAAAUGGUAGAUCCGCCAAAUGUCAUAUAUCGACCCAGAUCCAUUCUCGUAAGAGGAAGGAUUCGUCUAUUAAAAGGCCAGCAGUGCUUGAGAACUCUCUUCCAGAUGAGGAGAAAGGGAAAGAGAAGGAAAUUAAGGGGCAGAUGGUUGCUCAUGCUCAGAUAGCCCAAGCAACUAAUAUGAGACACAGGCUCGCUUCAGCCAUAGUUUCUGGUCCCAGCCCAACCUCCGUGAUUACCUUACCAGCUGAAUCAAUGAUUGUUGUUGAACCUAACACAGUCCCAGUUCAACCAACAAGCAGCACACCACAACCUCCUUUGACCCACCCUGUCACUUCUUUUGCGGCUUCAAAACCCACAGCGGAAGAAGAGCAAAAGAAAGCAACGGCAGCAGCUGUUGCAGCCAAGCUUGCUGCCUCUACAUCUUCUGCACAGAUGCUCACCUCUGUGCUAUCAUCACUGGUUGCAGAAGAAGCAGCUUCUAUGAAUGGUGGCUCAAAAUCUGGAGGCUUUGGGAAUAGUUUUCCUUUCUCCAGAGAAAAACGUCCCAAACUUGAGAAACCAAUGCUGGUUUCGGAAAUGGGCAGUACAACAUACUUUGCUAAUGUACAACAGCAACCAUUAACCAAUUAUCCCCUCGCCCCUGGCCAAGCUUCAACCACGAGUAUGCAGCCAAUGUCCCAAGCCAGUCAGGUACAGUCUCCAUUCCCGCCGCCUCCACCACUACCACCCCCACCCCAACACACACACCAAUAUGUACAAUCCACAGGUAUGAUAGCUGGAGUGAUGCCUUAUGGGUAUGGUGCUACAAGCCUCCCUCCUCCUCCACCCCCUUUGCCUACACACAUAGCAAUGGGUUUAGCACGGCCAGGGACUCAGCCACAGCAGCCACCACAGCAGCAGCCUGCAACAGGAAGUUAUUACCAGCUGCCAGGUACUGGAUUCUAUGGGCAGAACCAUCAGCCGACAACUCCCCCUGUUCCUCGGCAGUGA